UGGAGCUGCUGGAGCAACCGGACGAGACUUCAUUCAUUCAAUAAUCCAUAGGGGAAUGCUCUCUGUCUCUCCCUCGCAACAUUCAUACGACAUCAGUAGCCAAAGAGGGCUGAAUGAUUCACACAUCAGCCGAGCACUUGUUGUUGUUGUUUGCCUAUAUUCAUGGUCAACAGUUGCUGGUUGACUGGAUAGCGCAUGCCAUGCCCUCCUGUCCGUCAAGAAAUACUUAACUAAUAUGGUGCAUGCACUGCAGAACCUUCCUUCACCGGCACCGCUAGCCAUAGCCCGAAGUAUGCAUGCGACGAAUUCAGAGUUCGGCAUAGGCUUCAAAAUCUUCACGGCUUGUUCUCGCAAUGAAUUUCGCUUCCCAACUGCGCAACUCUCAUUGUCCUAACUGACGCACUUAAUCCGCUUUACUCCGCCUUUUACACAGAGAAGGAACCCGUUCGUUGUGAAGUCAUGGAAAUGUAUAUAUAUAGCAGCACCCUCCUAUGCUAAUAUGAUCGCAUCUCCAUAGAUAUCUACAGUCUGAAACCACAAAAUUCCUGCGUUACCUCUUUCUCUCUCCCUGCAGCUUAAUUAAUCACCUCUCCCUUAUCAGGAUUGAAAUUACUAAUGGAGUUGAUGAAAUUUGUUGUUCUUCUCGUCUUGUCCUGCACGGAAAUGCUGUUUCUCUUUCAAGAGUGGGGAACACUAUUCCACUUCAUUGCUCUUUGUUGUCUCCUUCUGUUCUGCAGUUCCCAAGUUUAUCCUUCAAGCCAUUCACCAGUAUACCUAGUGGAUUUCUCAUGUUUGAAGCCACCAAGUUUCUGCAGGGUACCUUUCUCCACCUACCUCGAGCAUGCUCAAAUGUUUGACUUUUUGGACCAUCAAAGCAGAGCUUUCAUGGCUAAAAUCUUGAUUCAAUCAGGACAGGGUGAACGAACCUAUCUUCCCCCAGCUUUACACUACAUCCCACCCAGAUCAAGCCAUCAAGAUGCCACUGGAGAAGUACACAUGGCACUCUUCCCAAUCUUCGAUGACCUCUUGUCCAAAACCAGACUCUCACCACGAGAUAUAGACGUAUUAAUCGUCAACUGCAGCGGCUUUUGCCCUGCUCCAUCUCUCUCAUCCAUCAUUAUCAACAAGUAUCGCAUGAGAGAAGAUAUUAAGAGCUUCAAUGUUUCUGGCAUGGGCUGCAGUGCAAGUGCAUUAGCUAUUGACAUGGCUCAAAGCGUUCUCAAAACUCACAAGAAUUGGAAUGCUGUUAUUCUCAGCACCGAGAUUCUGUCAACCGGGUGGUACCCCGGAAAAGAAAGACCCAUGAUAGUCCUAAAUUGCCUCUUCCGCAUGGGAGGUGCUGCAAUCUUGUUGACCAACAGAAGAGAAGCCAAAAGGGCAUCCAAAUAUAAGCUACUCUUGAGCCAAAGAACUCAAAGAGCCUUUGAUGACAAGGGUUAUUAUUCCGCCAUCCGCGAAGAGGACUCCAGAGGACAUACUGGGGUUACGCUGAGGAGGGAUUUACUGCAUGUGGCCGGAGAAACUUUACGGUCGAACAUUUCGAUUCUUGGUGCAAGAAUAUUGCCCUAUACGGAACAAAUUUGGUAUGCAGUCUCAGUCUUUCGGAAGAAGUUUAUGGACAAGGCCACAGAGAUUUACGUGCCUAAUUUCAAAACAGUGAUACAACAUUUCUGCUUGCCAACUUCUGGGAAGCCGGUUAUCGGAGAGAUCGGAAAAGGUCUGAAACUUGGAGAAAGGGAUAUGGAGCCUGCUUUGAUGACAAUGCACAGGUUUGGGAAUCAAUCUUCUUCUUCAUUGUGGUAUGAGUUGGCCUAUAUGGAAGCCAAGGGAAGAGUGAAGAAAGGUGACAGGGUGUGGCAGCUUGGAAUGGGAAGUGGGCCUAAAUGCAGCAGUCUGGUCUGGGAGUGCAUCAGGCCCAUGUCAUCCGAUGCCGAAAUAGGCCCAUGGGCUGACAGCCUUGAAGGCCAUCCUAUCUCGGCGGCCAACGAACGUCAUACUGGUGGUCAGAAUUCAACAAAAUAAAAGUCAGUAGGUAUUUGGUCCUUCGGUAUGGAAAAAGAACGAUUUUAUCCGUUUGGGAAUUCAAGAACUGGGAGGGAAAUGAAGCGAAAGGAAUUGGAGGAGUUUGGUUUUUCUUCUUUGGAUUAAUUCUUGAGGAAAAGAAAAGGAUGGGAUGGAUCUAGGGAGAGGGAAAGAUCUGGGGUGAAUUCGUAUGUACGUACGGUAUACGCACGCAAGGAAAUUGCUUUGCCUAAAGAAUGUUUGCAAGUACAAGGGAAAAGAAAGACCAAGACCACGCUAUCGGUGGCGCCUCCUAGAAGGCGUGAUAGUCUCUUUCCAAAUCUGCACGUGCUUGAGGCGUGAUCCAUGCUUUCAAGUGUCCCCUCAUUAAAGUCGCGAAAAUCCUAUCCGUCUGGUAGGCGUAUUGACACGCAUUUCUUGGAGCUCUCUUCUACUUCUUGCUGGAGAUUUUUUGUUUUCAAAUUACACCACGGACCUUCAAAUGAUAGUGUAGCAUAGAACAUGCCAAAGCCAGUCUCAUGGCAUCUUGUGAGAAAUUUUGAUUUGUUUUAUCAUAGUGUUAUCAAAUGCUCAGUGAAAUGCUAAGUAAAUU